AUGACCGAGCCCACCGCCGACGCCGGCGCCAAAGAAAGUCCGCAGCCGCCGACGCGUACUCAAGCAGCGCCAUUGAACCCCUACGAAGACCCCAAAUACUUCAGCACGCUCACCGUCUUCGACAAGGACGGCAAGCGGCGGCCCAUCUUCCAGUUCCACCAGCACCCGGUGACGGUCGAGGAGCAAUGGGCCGAGUUUCGGCACGGCCUCCAUGGCCAGCCGCCCGUGGAGCAGCUGGAGACGUUGUACAGGGCCAAGUGGCGCAACAGCACGUAUGGGCGGUCCUGGUUUACGCGCCGCAAGGCAUUCUGGGACAGGAUGAAGGAGAUGCUGGCCGAGGGCAGGACGGAGGGGCAGGCACUGGAGGCGAUGAGGCGGCGGGCGGAGGGGGGCGGCGUGCCGAGCCUGAUCGCGCAGCUUUGCAGGGAGCGGGGUCACGGGUCACGUCCGGAUAGGCGGAGGAAUCGGCCCCGUUUGCCGGGCCACAACAGGGGGACGGGGGGAGGCUGCGACGAGGAUGUCGACAGGGGACGGGAGAGUGACGAGUGCUCGGAGACAGGCCGGUCAAGUCCUUUGAAGCUGCGGAAGAGGGUUAGAGUGUCGGUAGCGGGAAAGGAACAGGGUAACGACGAAGUUUGA